AUGGCAGUUAAAAAGAAUGAAAAUAGAGCAUUUAUUUGUUUUCAAGAAUUUGCUAAGAUAAAUUAUGUUCUGACGAGUAUAGAUGAUCAUUAUCAUAAGAAUAGACUCAAAGUUGAAAAUAAAUGUAAAUAA